AUGGCGGAUACUGGCUUGCGCCGCGUGGUACCCAGCGACCUUUAUCCCCUUGUGCUCGGCUUUCUGAGAGACAACCAACUCUCGGAGGUGGCCAGUAAAUUUGCAAAAGCGACAGGCGCUACGCAGCAAGACGCCAAUGCCUCUUCCCUCUUGGACAUCUAUAGCUUCUGGCUCAAGUCCACCAAAGCCCCAACGGUGAAAUUACAGUCAAAUAGACCAGUGACCAAGAAGGUUAAGAAAGAGACUUCUUCCAGUGACAGCAGUGAGGAUAGCAGUGAGGAAGAGGACAAAGCCCAAGGACUUUCCACACAGAAGGCUGCUGCACCUGCCAAGCGAGCCGGUGUGCCUCAGCGUGCUGGGAAGGCAGCAGCCAAAGCUUCAGAGAGCAGCAGUAGUGAAGAAUCCAGUGAUGACGAGGAGGAAGAGGACAAAACGAAAAAGCAUGUCCAGCAGAAAGCAGUUAAGCCCCAAGCCAAGGCAGCCAGACCUCCUCCGAAGAAAGCAGAGAGCUCUGAGUCCGAGUCUGACUCAAGCUCAGAGGAUGAAGCACCACAGACUCAGAAGCCAAAGACAGCUGUGGCAGCUAAAGCUCCGACUAAAGCCCCAGCCAAACAAGGUACACCGGCGAAAACACAGCCUAAAGUAGCCAAUGACAAAGCAGCCAGAAGCCACAGCCGCCGCCGCUGCAGCAGCAGCAGCAGUAGCAGCAGCAGCAGCAACAGCAGUGAUGGCUCGCAGGAAGAGAAGGCAGCCGCACCUCCAAAGAAAACUGCACCUAAAAAGCAAGUCGUGGCCAAGGCACCAGUGAAAGUAGCUGCUGCCCCUACCCAAAAGAGUUCUAGCAGUGAAGAUUCAUCCAGUGAAGAGGAAGAGGAACAGAAAAAAACCAUGAAGAAAAAAGCAGCUCCCUACAGUUCAGUUCCACCGCCUUCUGUUCCUUUACCAAAGAAGUCCUCCUCGGGAGCCCAGGCUCCAAAGAAAGCUGCUGCACAGACAAGGCCUGCAGACAGCAGUGAUGAGUCUGAUUCAAGUUCUGAGGAAGAGAAAAAACCUCCAGCUAAGACGGUGGUCUCCAAGACACCUGCCAAACCAGCUCCGGUGAAGAAGAAAGCAGAGAGCUCUUCCGACAGCUCAGAUUCUGACAGUUCUGAGGAUGAAGCUCCUGCCAAGCCAGUCAGUACCACCAAGAGUCCCUUAAGCAAGCCAGCUGUCACUUCCAAGCCAUCUGCAGCAAAGGCCAUGGCAACUCCUAAGCAGCUAGCUGUCACUCCCAAGCCAUCUGCAGCAAAGGCAGUGGCAACUCCUAAGCAGCCUGCAGGAGGUGGCCAGAAAGCUCAGAACAGGAAGGCCAAUAGCAGCUCCAGUGAGGAGGAGGCCACCAAGAAAAGUGUGACAACCCCCAAGGCCAAGGUGACUGCUAAAGCAGCACUGGCCAAACAGGCUCCUCAGGCUGCUGGGGACAGCAGCUCUGACUCAGAUAGUUCCAGCAGUGAAGAGGAAGAAGAGACACCUAAGCCUCCAGCUAAGAAGACAGCCGUUCCCAAACAAGCCCCUGGAAAGAAAGUGGAGAGCAGCUGCAGCAGCUCCUCAGAAGACUCCAGUGAAGAAGAGAAAAAGAAGCCCAAGGGCAAGGCUACGCCUAAAUCCCAGGCAAGCAAGGCCAGUGUCACUCCAACUUCUCAGAAUAGAAAAGCAGGCAAGGAAAGUGAGGAGGAGGAGGAGGAGGAAGAAGAAGAAACAGAAGAGAAGAAAAAGGCAGCCUGGACCAAGCCAGGUUCAGGCAAGAAACGGAAGCAGAAUGAGACAGCGGUUGAAGCAGCAACUCCUCAAGCGAAGAAAGUUAAGCUCCAGAUACCCAAUGCGUUUCCAAAAAGGAAGAAGGGAGAAAAAAGGGCAUCUUCCCCUUUCCCAAGGGUCAGGGAGAAGGAGAUUGAGGUGGGCUCUCGAGUAGCAGACAAUUCCUUUGAUGCCAAGCGAGGUGCAGCUGGAGACUGGGGCGAGCGUGCCAAUCAGGCUCUGAAGUUCACCAAAGGCAAGUCCUUCCGGCUUGAAAAAAUGAAGAAGAAGCAGCGAGGCAGAGGCUCCAUCUCCGUCCAGGUCAAUUCCGUCAAGUUUGACAGUGAGUGACCUGUGGUCAUCUUGGCAGAGGAAGGGUGGUGUUGAGAGGUUGGCACUCACCUCCAAUGGAUCCAGAAACUCAGUGUUAUUAGGAGAGAAUUGUGGCAAGGACAGUGUGGAGCAGGUCCUGAGGCAUUCCAGUCUGCAGUCAUCUCAUGCUCCUACUUCUGGACAGGUUUGUUUUUGAGUAUUGAUUGUCAAGGAUAAUCAAGGAUUUUAUUUAUUUUUUUUAAAGAAAUCCAUUUGCUUGUCAAUUGCCUUCCUGUUUUGUGGGUCUUCAUACUGAGAAAUCUGUAUAUUUUAUAUUAAAUCAUGUCAUACAGAUUUUUGUUGUGAUUUUCAGAGAUGAGUUCCACAGAUUACAACCUUAGCUAUUGCCUAAAGCAAAGCAAAAUGUCAGGUGGUAAUGUUUCCCUACUGGAGAAUUCUAUUUAUGUGAGUGCGCAGACCCAUAUUUGAUCCCUCCUCCCUUCAAGUGGUACCAAUGUCAGUCAGUCUUGUGAUGUUUGUCUGCUAAGCAUGCCCUGUGCUCAUCUUCCUCAAUUGGGCCUGACAGAAGCUUCCAGAAGCCUCGUGGAUCUACCAACUUCGGGGGAUACAAUUGCAGUUCUUGGUACAGUAUCCUACUAAGUGACAGGCAGGAUUCUCCAGUGUGUGAGUUCCAUGCAACUGUCUUCGUUUUGUUCUCAGUAGCUAUUACUGCUACAUGUUUACAGUACUUUUUAGUUUUAAUUUCAAAGUAAGCUUUUCUGACAUUGAGAGGCAUUUGCAACAACUUGACUGUUACUUGACUGUUGGAUAUUAAGUUCCUGAAUGUAUUUGAUUCUUUUUUAAACAUCAUCAAGAGCAGAAUGGUAAAUUCCUGCAUGGUUGAGUCAUGGUCAAGGAAGUGGAACUGACUAACCUCUGAGUCUUGGUGUGAAAUAGGUGUAGUGGAUACAUCCUGUGAACCUGU